UUCUACUACACAACUUUGGGAUCAGCUAGUCUACCGAUGGUGGUAUUUUCAGCCAAUGAGCACAUAGCCUCGAACUCCUCCCCACCGUAAAACAUUGAACAAUCUGUCAUUGAGGUAGGCCAACGACAAACCAGUAUCGCCUAGCUGUAGCUGACGACCGAUAAAUGACAACGAUUGAACGGUAGUGUAAUAUGGGGAUAGCGACAUAUGGGUUUUGACCACAUGAAUUUGGUGCUACGAUAGAAGCUCACAUGAAUAGGACAACUGUUAUGUCAACAAGUGGGCCAUAUACACUCAAAACAACCCAUUGACUGUUGGGAUAAUGGUGAAAUAUUUCUUUAAUGAGACUGAUAUCAAAAGUUCAUGGGACCAUGUUACCACUGCGUUUUGGCAGAGGUAUCCCAAUCCAUUCAGCACUCAUGUCCUCACGGAGGACGUUGUGUUCAGGGAGGUGACCGCAGAUCAUCAGCUCCGCACUCGGCGCCUUCUCACGAAGACAAAUCGUCUCCCGCGGUGGGCAGAGUGCUUCUUCCCCAUCAACCUUUCGCAGUCUGUUUAUAUCCUGGAGGACUCUGUUGUUGACCCAGUCAGCAAGAGCUUCACCACGUACACGUGGAACCUCAACCACACGACACUGAUGACGGUGCGGGAACGCUGCGUGUUCCAGCAGUCGGAGGAGCGGCCGCACUGCACCGACAUCCAGCGCGAGGCCUGGAUCUCAUCCGGCAUCUACGGCUUCUCCAGACCCAUCCAGGAGUUUGGGUUGGCACGCUUCAAGAGUAACCAGGUGAAAGCCAUGAAGGGGUUGGAAUACGUAUUGGCCAACAUGCACGGAGAAGUGCCCCAGUGGCUCCUCAGGGACUCGGUGAAGGACGCGUCUGAGAAGGCCAAGGGGGCCGCUAUGGCCGCCACAGAGAAGGCCAAGACACUAGCCUCGGCCGCCAGCCCACAGAAACCCAGCCAGUAUGUUUGACUGGGACACGCCACUCACUGGGACUUGACUUGCAGUGCACACACACACACAAACACACACACACACACAGAGAACCAAACAGGUGUGCCUUUCCUCUGAUCGGAGCCUUAAUGGGAUCAAGCCUGUUUAUCUAUUCUUUCUCUCUAUAUUUAUAUCUCUCUCUCAGUCUCUUGAUCUCUCGUUCUCUCUCAUUUUAAAUGACGUAGCACUGACUCUCAGGUACUGCACUGUGGUGCAAUCUCUCUUCAGAGUGACUGUUCUCUGCUUCUUACCUCUCCCAUGCUCCGAGACGGAGCGCAUGAGACUCAUUUGAAUGCAAGGAUGCACACACAUUUCAAUUGCACAGAGAAAGAAGACAAAGUUUCUCAUGAGAAACAUAUUAUGCUAGAAUAUUUUACUUAAUUUCAAAAUAUGAAUCAUGUCAUGCAUGUGGAUAAUGUGGGUUAUUUUAGUUAUAUCAGUCAGAGUGAUUUAGUCAGAUAUGGGAUGUAUCUGAGGUGUCCUGAAGGACACGCCUGCAUUCCAUGUCUAUGGAUAUCAUUGGAUUUUUUUUUUUAAUUCUAAUUAUUUUGUUAUAUCAGGAGGAUCUUAGAUCUGUAUGUAUUAAUAAGUAUUGAUUUGAGUCAUCGUGAUAUGUUUGAUUACUAAUCCUAUUUUUUAGUGUAUGGUAAAUGUUGCCUUAUGCUAUAUAUGCCAUCCCAAGAGGAUGAUGGUAAUUAUGGCAAUUAUGGCUGGAUAUGGUAAUUUGAAACAUUAUGUCAAGGCAAUACAGAAAUCACUACAAUCUCUGAAAAACAACAGGGGCUGCAUUUUGUUUACACAUAUGAAAAUGUUAACAUGUUUUUCUGCUGUGCUGUGCUAUGCCGGGCUGAACACAUUUGUUUUGGAAUAGCUGGAAUGUGCCGGUUUGGGUUUAUGGACUUGGUGACCACUAAUAUUGUACAAUUCUAAAAGAUGAGGAAAGAUAUGUUCUAUACUAUGCAAGGCCUAUAGCCGGCAUGUGGUAUAGCUUUAAUCCACCUAAAUUGAAGAACUAGCAGGUUAGUUCCGUCUUUGGUUUCAGAACCACUGAUGUAAGCAAAAUAUCAGUAUGUGUAUCUUCUGUGUGUGCUGAUCGUUCAAGGUUCAGAAUGUCUUUGCAGCUGUUAAACAGCAGAGGGCGGUUGGUUGAAAAGGUUCAGAGUUGGAACACUGGGUUAGUUAUAUCAUGUGUUGUGUGAAUGCUAGACAGAUUUUGUUACAGAAUACAAAUUCACAAUCUAAAAAUCAUUUCAAAGCUGUCCCCUCUGCAUUACAAUUAUUUUGUAAAUGUACCCUAUUUUACUAGUAUUCAUUAAAUUAAAGAUGUAUAUGUUCA